AUGCCCUUCAACGCGAACGGUCACAAACUCGGCUCUUCUCAGGCGUUCACGCUAAGUCAGCAAUCCAAGAUCAAUAUCGUGACGCGUUUAGCGGUGGAGGGGAAGGCGAAACAGGGAUACGAUGGCGCUGGGAUUAAGAUGUACCUGAAGUUGUCAGUACCUCGCGACACCGUAUCCCCGGGUUCGACAAUUCCCUUGUUCCCGGAGGAAAAUAUCAAGAUUGUCAACUCUCAAGUUCAUCCUAUCGACAACAACUCGGUACCUUACAACUUCUCCUCUACGACUUGCCCGCUUCUCCAUAGCGCUGCACGGGCCCUUAACCUCCCUGCUCGGUCAUCCCAGUCCUACAUGUCCCUUUUUGGACAACCCAGCCCUUCAACUCCCACCCCGGGAUCUACCUCUAGAAGGGCGUCAUAUAACUUGCAUAUCCCGCCUCUCGACGAGCGAUAUACCGGCCAGAUCCUUGUCAGUAACUAUCAGGUAUCCUACGUACUUCCCAAGGAGUUCCCGCCGAGCUCAAGAGCCAACGGGGUAGAUAACUAUGAUACUCAAGUUCCAGUGACUCGGACGCCUGGUAGCUCCUACCGAAGCAGGCGGGGAUCCGUAAGCGAGAAGAACAUGAUACAAUUUAUGGCUGCCAUAGACAUGUGGGUGCCUCUGCUCACGAAACCUCCCAGAGCACCUUUCUUACUGUCCAUUCCCACUCCUCGAUGCCUGUCAAAUCACAUCAAGCUGCGCAUAUUUGCUCCCAACUCGAACACCAACGCAUCUCUCCAUUCUCUCUCUUCCGCAGAGGAGGAGCCCGGUUCCUGGGACCUUACUGCCGAUCCCCAUGUCACGCGCAGCGCGACCACAAGACAUUCAAAAAGUAGUUCAUACACCCAUUUCGCCGACGACGAAUCUUCAGAUUCUUCAACCACCGGUUUUCCCGACGGUUGCGGAAUACAGGGUACGUUCCCCAGUACCGAGCGGAUACGCAUCCGUUGGGCUGCCCCCAUGAAACCUAUCGAAGGUGACGGACGUAGGCGCGUCGGUGUGCGCGAAGUGAAAGGCGAAAUGACUGCCGUCGUGCUGGGCAAAGGCCCAGAUGGGUCUGGGGAGGGGGUUGUGAUGAAACUGGAAUACACAGGAACAUGCCACGGUGUUUGGUUCCCCGGGGUAGCCACCCUUCUUGCGAUGGACAUUGGCCUCGACGCUCAAGGAUCUGAAAUUGCAUGGGUCCCAGGAGCGGAGGCGCGGUGGUUUGUGACUGGCGGGCGGGGCUACACUGGCUACGACGUCGGUUCACCGCCACAUCUCUUAUCGCGGCCUUCGUCCCUGGAGGCACCUGAUGUCUAUACAUCCCCCGCUACUCCCUCAAACCAUCAUCCUGGAAUACCCCAUCAUUCGUCGUCGUCGUCCUCCCUGCUGCGUGCCCCAUUGCCUAAUCAACAUGUGGCUGACUACUCAUUCGAAAGCGCGCCCAGCAGUGCCCCUUCCUCAGGAAUGUUGUCCUCCGCGGAUUCCUUAAUUGACGGGAAGAGUCACAUAUUCUCUGCUAAUGGUAUCACGCCUGUUCUCGAUACCGGCGCUCGGUCCCCACUCGCACCGAUCACUCUGCACAUUAAUAUGAAUGAAUUACUCCCACCGGCCAAAAACAUAUUCACAUUCAGCAUCGGAGGUAUUGUCCUCAUCAAGCCGCGCCCUUCACACUUCAUGUACAACUCUCCGUCUUCUUCGCCUUCUGCGUCCGAUAUCGAAGGAGACGUAGAUCCGGUGGCAAUACCUCGCCUUCGCAUCCCUGCGGCGGAUACCGAGAUGAUAUCUGUGGUGGUCCGUAAUGAUGUUGAUGGGGCUACCGUCGAUGUCUAUAACUCUACAGGUGACCUGCGCGAUGCACAGACGCGCAGAACUGUCUUGCAGCGUGGAGCCGCAGCUAGGUGCGGGAUCGAAGGUGGCCGAGUGGCUUUACGGUAUCUCACUGCGCCCCCUCCAACUCGCCGCAGCAAACCAUCUGGCCGAUCCCGUCAAAUCCCUAGUAGGGCACCUUCUCCGAGUAUGGUGUCGAGUAUGUCGGUUCCAGUCAGGCCCGAGAGAGAUGGGCCCUUGAUCAUUCCGUGGGUCGCGGUGACGGUCACCCCCCUCACCAUUGAUGGUGCCGAUCUCCCCAAUGCAUACGCUGUGCGACUCUGUCUCCCUGCCCCGAUUGAUGAUGACUCAGAGUGGUUGGAGUUUGGACUUGCGCAACAACCACACGGAGGGUCCGAACAGCAGGAGGACAAACCGGAUGUCGAUACCAAGCCCCCACGCGUGGAGGUGGCUAGUGCUAGCGUUGAAGGUGUUCCUGUUCGGUUCGAGACGACAGUCGCGAUGCGACCGGAUCAGAGCUCAUCGCUGUCAUCUUUGGCCAUGCCUUUCCAACAACUAAGUGGGAACGAGUGGGUUAGCUGGGUCAGAGUACACAUCGGAAGAGCUGGCGGUAGUCAAGUUCAGGUGCAUUAUGUGGUCAAGAGUCGCCAUGGACGCACUCCCGACUCCAACAAGCGGAAGGGGAAACAGAAAGCCACUGAAGCUAGCCGCCUCGACGUAUGUUUGCCAACUUUCGCGCUUCCCGUGGGAUGUCUAGAUGUGAAUGUUGAGACUGCGCUCGGGCUCGACAUUCUAUCUAUAGAAUCAAACCUAUCACAUCAGCAGUCAAACGUUAAGGGCCGACGACUUCUACACUACAGCAUGCAGGAAUAUUUUUACCCUAGCUUGACAAUCAAUAUCGUUGCAAGCAAAGGCAAUGCGACGCAGUCGAAAUCGAUCCGUUCAUUGACACAAACGGCUCCCGCCAUCUUAUGUUUGAUCCUGCUUGUCUGUCUACUCAGUCGCGAUGCGGAACUACGCGAGAUGAAGAAAUCCCUAGACAGAUGUUCCUCGGCGAUCACAGUGACUCUAACUAAAACCAUGGUAAUCGAUACUCCAAGUCAUCGUUGGUUCCGGGGAACCAUCUCUACCGCGGUUCCCACCGAAGCUGUUUUGGACCACUCUGUGAUCCCUCCCGCCUCCUACCCAACUCCCGGUAACACGCGCAACGAAAACCCAAUGCUCUCUUCGUCGACAUCUACUUUAAGCUCGUCACAUGACGGCUACGCGAGUCGAUCCUAUGCCCUCAUCCCAACUCAAUAUGUUCCUUUCCGGUGGCCUGACGAAUAUGACCUCCAUCUGGCUGGUCGCGCAACAGUCGAUGCCGUUGUAGGCAGCUUGGGGACUGUCUGGCAAUUGAUACGCAGAGUAUAUCAUUAUCCCCUGGACCCACCCUGA